UCCUUUGAUGAAUUGAACGGUACCAAACUGCAGCGCAAGGAAGCUCCUUCUUGAUCUUGGAAAUACCAUUUUCUCUUGAUGCCGAUUAAGAGCUAUGUGAAGUGUCAAAGGUCCCUGAGUCACCAGACAUCAAGAUGUCAGACAGUGACGGAGACGUUGUGGUUGCCGAGGAGGCAACCCCUGAGAGCCUUGUAGAUCAACCAAAUUCUCAUCACUCAAACAAUCCCAAUACCAGUACUACCCAAUCCUGCCAGUCCAUCCAAGAAAAUGGCGCCCUCUCAGUUGAGAGGACAGACAAUCAGGGUUCCUCUUCAGCUGCUGCUGAUGUCACAUCAAUCAGUCACAGUGCUGAAGUCAAUAAACAAAGUACUACUCACGUGUCUACAGGGACAGUUAGGAAUAUCCAUGACUCAAAUGGUGAUGGUACUCUAGGGCAGGGAGCUGGAUCUUCUCCUUGUCAAAGCGGUGCCAUCAGUUCUACACUUUGUGCAACCAACUGUGCCGAAAACAGUACUUCACCUUCUGCAGGGUUAGUCGCUUCUGGAGCAGGGAGACCUUGUAGUACUUCUACACCUCUGGCAGCUGGAGGCCAGAGGUAUCCGAGCCAGCUCACAAGGAAUUAUAAUCAGGAUAGGGAACAUUUUGAACGAGAAGAAGAAGAGAAUUGGGAAGAGGUUGCUGAAGGGAUGGGUAACGUGGCAGGAUCCAUCCUGGGCUACUCGCCUCUGGUCUUUGAAAACAAUGAGGAAGGAGGGGAUGAACAAUUAGAUGAACUCUAUGUGCCUAUCAGUGGAUACGAGGUCAUGGAACAAAGGGCGAAGUUCACUGUCUUCAAAUUAAAUGUGCAGAAAACAGCAACUGAAGGAUAUUUUAUCUUCAGGAGAUACACAGAUUUCACAAGACUAAAUAUGAAGCUGAAGAUUCUCUACCCAUGUUUCCGCCUGGCCUUGCCUCCUAAGCGAUGGUUUGGUAAUAACUUUGACCCCAUCUUUCUGGAAGAUCGCAUGCUGGGUCUCCAAGCCUUUCUUAACAAUAUCACCGGUCACAAAGAGAUUAGGAAGAGUGCACCAGUCAAAGAGUUCCUGUGUCUGAAUGAUCCACCCGGACCUCAUGACAGUCUGGAAGAGAGCAGGGUCAUGGUAGAAUCUUUGGAAGAAGUUGCAUAUAAUCUGAGGAGAGACCUAGCAGAGAGGGAUCGAUUAUUAAGGAAGAAGGAUGAAGAGAUAGCAAGACUGAAAGCUAGAUUACAAGAACUAGAAAAUGCAGGGCUUCCACUGGAAAGUGAGCGUGUUGGUACGGACCAGGAGAGUGAGAGCAGUACUGUUGAAGGUGAUCAGAGGUCAUGUGUCGAGGCUGACCUGAUGGAUCAUGGGAUACCAGAUGCUAACGUCGAGUCAGUCUCAGAUUCCAUGGACAAUUCACUCAAGGUCAAGAUUGAAACCCUUGGAAAAGAACCAGGAAAGAUCAGGAAUAUGGUUGGUGAGGGAGAUCGGGUUGCCAUAGCAAUCAGUCAGUCAACGGCACCUGUAGUAGGUGACUCGAGAUGACAUCAUGCAACUGUCGAGGAGUGACGACAAUGGGAGCUUUCCAUUGAUGAAAAGACAUUGGCAGGAUAUAUUGCCCUUUGGUUGCAAACCUUUUGCAUUGAAGCUAAGAAGAAAUAGAUCUUUCAUUGCGAGAUUGCCUUCUAAUUCUAAGCAAACCAAUGUAUGAUGAUAAUGUUUCGUGGAGAUCUAUGCUGUAGAACACAAAAUCAUGCUAGAUAUCUGUUCAACGAUUAAAGCCAAAUGUAGUAUAUGCAUAUUGCUGUGUAAGCCAAGCACCAAAGGAAUUUUUAGUCAUUUAUAAAUUAGCAUCAUGUGCAUAAAGCUUCUCAGUUUAUAGGAUAUUUACUUCUUGAAACUCUAAGAAAAAAGAAAAAUCAUUUAUCAUUUAAUGGCAUGAGCUUUAUAAUGCAUAAUGACUAAGAUUUUAAUGUGUUCUGCAUGCUAAUCUAUUGGCAAGUUAAUUGUGUGAUAUUUUGGUAUUUAUGGAGUCUUUUAUCUGAUGCCAAUUCUAGCCUGUUUACAAUCAUCAAAGCUAUCAUUCACAAUUAAAGAAUUUUAUGGAAUGCUUUACAUUUUUUACUUUCAUUGUCAGUCAGUGGCAUGCCAACCAACCAUGGCAUAAACAUUUUGCAUCAAUCAUGUUUUAUUUUUACAAAUCAAUUGAGAAUUUGAUUUUAAUCUUAAAUUCAUUUUCUCAAUCAAGAGUUGAUAGACUGGGAUUUUUUUCAACCUUCACGGCUGUGACGAUUGCUCUUGUUGAAAACCUGUAUGUAAAACCAAACGUAAAAGCAAACUUCAAAAGUAGCACCCGCCCUUACCCCCACAGAUGGGGCAUGCUUAGAAUAAACCUAGGUUUAACUCUCUCCUAUGUCUCCCUUAUAUUUUUACCUUCUCAAUGUUUUUCAGUAAAUAAAGUAAAAACAAUGCAAUGAUUGACAAGAUAGAUUACAUCCUAAGUGUUUAAGACUGAAAGUAAAAGUAGUAUUGCCUUCCAGAUUCAGUCAACAAAACCAAAUUAAUCCUUUUGCUUUAGGCAUUGGCAAAGUUCAUGAUUCACAAACAAUGUUUAUCGUUGUGUAGUUCCUACAGGAAUAUAAAAAUGCACUAUGUUGAGAGACGACUGCUGAAAUUGCCAAGGAAGGUCUAUGAAUUGAUGGGAUAAAUAUUGAAUGAAAUGAAUUAUUGUGAUGUGGAAAUCGAAUGUAAUGGAAUGUGCAAUUGACAAAUCUUUCGAUUUGAUUUUGGGUGGGGGGUUUUUUUAGUGAAUUAUAAUAUUUGUGGACUCUGAUUUAUUCAAAUAAUAUAUUGUUCUACUGGAACUAGUGCAUUUUUUAAUUUUCAAUUUUACCAACUUGAGGUUCUUAUGUUGUUUUUCUUUCUUUUGAAUAAUAUGUAGUCAUGUGUGCAAGACUACUGAUGUGUUAACUGUACAUUUUACAUCUCUGUCAUCUAAGUUUUAUAUUUCCUAUUGAGUACUUCAAUCAGCGAUCCUAUUUCUUAAGCCAUUGACUACUGGAUUUUGUAACUACUUGAUAUUAAAGCUUUGUAAUGGAACCACAUAGUUUAACAUGCCACUGUGGUUAUAGGCCUACAUACAGUACAUGUAUGUGCAAGAUAGCCACUAUUAAAUGAAAUUCUUAAAAUUAGUAUGUGAUGAUAUGAAUGCACUUAUGAUGAAUGUACAUUUUAUAGUUUAACAAGAGUGUAUUCUUUAAUAAAAAAAAAUUGUUUUCAUCUUUAAAAAAUUUAGGCAUUUAUUUAACUUUCAAGCAUUUUUAAUUGCAUAUAAUCAUUUCAGAUUUAUUAUGUUUGAAAAAUAGUUUAUUCUUUUUUCUUUCUUUUUUUUCAUUUUUAGAAAUUUAGGACUGUAAAGCACUUCGUAGUGCAAAUGACCAUUUCAGUUUUUCUGAAUUAAUACAUUGUAUAUUGAAUUUGCACAAUGGAAUAAUGACAGAGUGUUCAUCUUUGUAAUGGGUACCAAAAUAAAGUCUUUAUUUUUUCCAAACUAUUUUGAUCACAAGUAAUUCAAAAAUAUUGAAAUAUACCUUGAAAAAUAUUACACGUAUGUACUUUAUAUUACAUAUGAACAAGAUCGAAUUUGCCCAUAUCUACUAAAACUCAGGUGUUGAGGUUGUUAUCUUGCCUAUUAAAUACCAUAAUAAAGAUCAUUACACCUGUAAAGACAGGUGAUAUUUAAUAGUAGUACGAUCCAUAUGGUACUGGCAUUAAUCUUGUUCAAUCAUCUUCAUUAGCACAAUCGAUUAAAACUUAUUUUUGUUGUGGGUCAUACUUAUUUAUGAAGUUUUCUUAUUCUCUUUCCAGUACAUUAUGCAGAUUUUUUUUCCCCUGUUAGGUGACUCGGAUUGAUAUAAGUCCACUAUUAGAAAAGCUGCUGAUUAGAAUGAGCACAAUUUAAGAUUUUGUUCUUUACUCCCUUGCUAAUAUACAUUUUGAUGUUGUCUUACUAAUCAUCAAUUUAGUUUUUGAAAUGUCUUCCUUAAAAAUGAAAAUCUUGAAUGUACUUAACUGCAUUUUUGUAAUAUAUUAUGCACUGUUUGAGUUUCACAAAUAAUUUCUCAUUUCAUUCUCAAAAUGUUAAAUGACAUUCAUGCUUGGUUGAGAAAUAAUGUAACAAAGUGAAUUAGACUGUUUGUAUGUAAAAUUGUACAAAGCUAUUUGCACAGUAUAGCAAUGUAUUAAGAUAUGCAUCUGUAUUAAUAUGCAGAAAUUGCCUUCUUUUUUGGAUCAAUUUAUCAAAUGGCUUUUAAUGUAUUUGUAUGUAUUUUCAUUCAAUUGUGAUUAUUUACUUCAAUACAUAGUUGAAGAACAUGCAAGAAUGAAAUGAAGGAAGAAGAAAAAAAACAGGCUCUGCACCAACAAUGGCUAUUUUUUUUUCUUUUUUUUUCUCUUUCUCAUUUUAAGUCACUUCAAGAACAUCAAAUCAUUAUUCUAGGGAUAAGGGGACCAAUGGUAUGUUUUAUGCUCUACAAAGUAACAGAACCGUAGGAGUCUGAACAAUGUUAGCCAAAAUUAUCAGUUUCUAGACAAUAUUUGUGUCAAAUUUGUACUAUAUCUCUCAAAUGGAAUGUCUUGGUCCUCUAAAUGGAUUCCAUAUUUUGUGUGUCGUUGGUGAGAAGAUGUGAUAUAUUUACUGUCUUGUCACAGAAUGGCAUGGAAGGGGGAGGCUCGCCAUGCAAAAAAAAAUAAGAGUUGGGGGGCUGAAGUGCGUCCAUCACAUGUAUUUGUGGUAUUGUAAACAAAUCAAUUACAAUUGAAUGCUGUUUUAAGAUUAACUUCUUAUUUAUUAUAAUGCUUUUUUUGAAUUUCUUUUGUAUGUAUUUGUGGUUGUUUUUUUCAAUUCUAUCAUUCAUGAGGGAACUUUAUGCCCCGGCUUAGGAAUUCAGACUUUUUCAUAUGAAAGCCAUGUUAAUUACGAGUACAGAUGAGCAUGAUGGAAUUUUAUUAUUUAUUUUUUUAGUUGCAUAAACAAAUUUCAUAAAAAUCUUUAUACAAUGGGGCCCAUUGGGCAAGAAAUCCAGGUGGUGUUUCAUGAGCCAAUCAGAUGAGAGGAUUUCAGUAGCCUACAACAGUUUUCAGUGAAAAAUCAAUGUUCGUUUCAUGAAAAGCUCCCUUUAGAGUCUCUUCCUUUGUUUCCUCAAAUGCACUUGUUCUGUACAAACUUGUUAUUUUCUUUUAUGUAUAGUUGUGAUGGUUGUAUUUGUUAUUUUUAUUGUUGGAUUUGAGGUAGAUCUGUUCAUAAUUGCAAUUAUGUUCUUCCUAUUAUUAGUUCCAUUGUUCUUCUGAAAUAUUUUGUAAAUAGAAUGAAGUUUUGUUGAUUUUUGCAAUGAAUUUCAUUAGAUUACCCCUUAUUGGUGUAAUUUUAUGUACCGGUACUUUUUUUGUUUGUGUUUGCAUUAGUUAAAAAUCAGUUACUGUUAUUUUCUAUGUAGGUUUAUUGAGCUUGCCAAUAUUAAUUGAUGUUUAAUUUGGUGCUGGAAUAUUUAAAUUUAAUACAUGAAAAAUUGAUUUUUAUAAUGUCUGUAUAUUUAUAUUUUUUUCUUGCAGCACUUAAUUGAUACUAAAGUGAAAAAAAAAGAGUAUGUCACAGGAUACUAACAAAGGAUCUGGUGUGGAAAUCACUCUUUAAGCCCAGCUCACACUAUGCGAUUCUUUGCGAUCCGUUUUUCAAAGAAAUCAUAAUAGCAUUUGACAUGGAAAUUCCAACCAAUAAAAUCCUUUCAAUCUGAGGUCAGAAUAUUUGUAGGACUACUACUGAAAUCAAAAUUCAAUGUAGUUCGAGCCUCAUUGUAGGAAUGAAAGCAAGUUCAAUUCCAAAUUGUAAUGACGUAAUCAUCGACUGUGACUUUAAUCCGAUUUGGGCUUUACUCCGACAACAGGGCUGG